ACAUGUUUAAACUGCGUAACCGUGCUGUCGUUGUAAAGAUAUCUUCUGGCUCAACGUUACGCAACGGAGCAAGAACAACAAACAAAUUCUUCCUUUAACAACAAGAAGAAAAAAAAGAAAAGAAGAGAUUACAGGGAAUGAAUUGUAUGGCCGGAAUCUGUGUUCUGUGCUGAGGAUAUUUGUGUAUUUACGGUUUCCUGGAGGAAACUGUGGCCUCAGUGUGUGCUCUGUGCGCGUGUCACACAGCGAGGGAGAGCGAUCAUGUGAGUGUUGAGCAGCUGAACUAUGUCUUGAACUCUUCAGAUGAGUACAGCUCUCAUUUGCGUCCGAGACAGAAAGACAGACAGGAAACACAGGAAAAACCUUUUCUUUUCACUUCGUUUAGUCAUUCGCUUUCAUGUGCGGUGGACGCCUGCCCAACAGGAUGUAACGUGUCAGGACUUUUGAAAUUUUGGACACGGUGUUUGUAUUCGACUUUCCAUCCCCUUUUUUUUUUUUUGUGGUAUUUCCUGCUUUUAUGUGUCGCUCCGGUCCCGCGUCUGCCUCAGGAUGAGUGUGCUCCGCUGGCACCGGCUCUCUCUGCUGUGGAAGAACUGGAUGUUCAACCAGGAGCCAGUGGAAGAGCAGGGCCAGCUCUCAGAAGCUGCCGAGCAAGAAGAAGCAGAGCCGGAGCACGGCUUAGACUUAAAGAACUCGACAGAUGUCAGGACCCAGAUUUUGGAUUGUAAGAAUCAGAAAUCAAAAACUGCGAACCAAUGCGUGGGAUUUACCGAUCAGAACUCGGUCCGUAAGUCUGAAGUAUUGAGACGCAGCUGCUCUGAACCCUUCUCCAAGACGUCGGACUGCGAGGAUCAGUGCUCCAGCUGUCCUCACACGCCCGAAAGUCAUAGCUGCAAAUCCCACAGAAGCGGCUGCUCUGAGGAAGGUGUUGACUCUGUAUUACAGGUGGAUAACAGCAGCGAGGGGGACGACAGCUUUCUGCAGAGAGAGGGAUCCCAGCGCAGGUCCAGGCGGCGCUUCAGGAGGGUCAACCCCAGAGGAGAGCGGGAGCUUAUCACUGACGGCCAGGAGCCCGCCGGCUACAACACGCUGCCCGCAGACCUCAAUAAGAUGCAUCUGACAGACCACGCCCACCAGCAGGUGAUGCACAUGCCUCCCAGCCAGUCGGGAUGCAGCAUCGCCAGCGACUCGGGGAGCAGCAGCCUAUCGGAUAUUUAUCAGGCCACAGAGAGCGAGCUGGGAGACGUGGACCUCUCCGGACUUCCGGAGGCUGCGGUGGACAGUGAGGAAGAGGAGGAGGAAGACGAGGACCUGGAGAGAGCUUCGGACACGCUCCUGGGCCGAGAUCUAGUACGAGAGUGUCUGGAAAAGGACCCGGCGGACCGCAACGACGACGACAUUGAGCAAUUACUGGAGUUCAUGCACCAACUGCCCGCCUUUGCCAACAUGACCAUGUCGGUGCGGCGAGACCUGUGCAGCGUCAUGGUGUUCGAGGUGGUGGAGCAGGCCGGCACGGUCAUACUGCACGACAAACAAGAGCUGGACCUGUGGUAUGUCAUUCUGAACGGGGCCGUCGAGAUCAGCCAUGCCGAGGGCAGAAUGGAGAUGCUGUGCAUGGGCAACAGUUUUGGGAUCUCGCCGUCGCUGGAGAAGCAGUACAUGAACGGAGAGGUUCGCACCAAGGGGGACGACUGUCAGUUCGUCUGCAUCGCCCAGGAGGACUACUGGCGCAUCCUCAACCAUGUGGAGAAGAACAUGCACAAGGUGGAGGAGGAGGGAGAGAUCGUGAUGGUGAAGGAGCACCGCGAGCUCGACCGCAGCGGCACCAGGAAGGGACACAUUGUCAUCAAGGGAACCCCGGAGCGUCUGAUCAUGCACCUGGUGGAGGAGCCGUCCGUGGUUGACCCCACGUACAUCGAAGACUUCCUGCUCACCUACAGGACCUUCGUGUCCAAUCCCAUGGAGGUCGGCAAGAAGCUGCUGGAGUGGUUCCAGGUGGACACUCUUCGGGACACGGUAACCAGAAUAGUGCUGCUGUGGGUCAACAACCACUUCAAUGACUUUGAGGGCGACACGGCCAUGACGCGGUUCUUGGAGGACUUUGAGAAGAAGCUCGAAACAACAAAAAUGAAGGGCCAUUUGCGGCUGCUGAACAUAGCGUGCGCCGCCAAGGCCAAGUGGCGACAGAUCACUCUGCAGAAGGCGUCCCGGGAAUCGGCGCUCUUCUUCAGUGUUCAGGGCGGCAGCGAGCGAGGCUUCGGCGUCUUCGUGGAGUCGGUGGAGGAAGGGAGCAAAGCUGCGGAGGCCGGACUCAAGCGGGGCGAUCAGAUCAUGGAGAUCAACGGUCAGAACUUUGAAAACAUUUCUAUCUCGAAAGCUGUCGACAUCCUGAGAACCAACACGCAUCUCUCUCUCACAGUGAAAACCAACAUCUUUGUCUUCAAAGAGCUCCUCAGCAGGAUCAUUCAUGAGAAGAAGAACGGCGGCCCGCACAUUCCCAAGAUCCAGGAGAAAAAAGGCAACCGCUUCUCCAUCCCGGACCUUCCUGGAGACAUGGAGUUCUCCACGGACCACAAGAGCACCAGGAAGAUGAAGGCCAACACCGUGUCAGGAGGACGCAACAAGAUCAGGAAGAUGCUGGAGAAGACCCGCUUCAGUAUUCUGCCUCCAAAGCCGUUCAGUGACGGCGGCAUGGGUCAGUCUCAAGACGACAGCAUCGUGGGCACCAAGCAGUGUCGACACAGCGUGGCCAUCAUGCCCAUCCCUGGCAACCUGUCGUCCAGCAGCCCCGACCUGCUGCAGCCGGCCACCAGCGUCCUCGACUUCUCCAACCCUGCAGCCCUGGGACUGUACUACAUCCCCGACCAGGUGAUUCGUGUGUUCAAGGCCGACCAGCAGAGCUGCUACAUCAUCAUCAGUAAGGACACGACGGCCAAGGACGUAGUCACCCACACCGUCAACGAGUUCGGCCUCAUCGCCGCACCCGAGACUUACUCGCUGUGCGAGGUGUCCGUCAGCCCCGAGGGCGUCAUAAAGCAGCGGCGCCUGCCCGACCAGCUCUCCAAACUGGCCGAUCGAAUCCAGCUCAACGGCAGGUACUACCUGAAGAACAACAUGGAGACGGAGACGCUGUGCUCGGACGAGGACGCACAGGACCUUCUCAGGGAGAGUCAGAUCUCUUUGCUGCAGCUCAGCACCAUGGAGGUGGCAGCGCAGCUCUCCAUGAGAGACUUUGAGCUCUUCAGGAACAUCGAGUCCACAGAAUACGUGGACGACUUAUUCAAGCUGGACUCGUCGGUGGGGAGCGGCAAUCUGAAGCAGUUUGAGGAGGUGAUCAACCAGGAGACCUUCUGGGUCGCCACGGAGAUCCUGAAGGAGCCGAAUGCCCUGAAGAGGAUGAAGACCAUCAAGCACUUCAUUAAGAUCGCCCUGCACUGCAGAGAGUGCAAGAACUUCAACUCCAUGUUCGCUAUAAUCAGCGGCCUGAACCUGGCACCGGUGGCGAGGCUGCGCACCUCGUGGGAAAAGUUGCCCAGUAAGUACGAGAAGCUGUCCGGGGACCUGCAGGACGUCUUUGACCCGUCCAGGAACAUGGCCAAGUACCGCAACAUCCUGAGCAGCCAGAGCAUGCAGCCUCCCAUCAUCCCGCUGUUCCCCGUGGUCAAGAAGGACCUCACCUUUUUACACGAAGGCAAUGACUCGAAUGUCGACGGUCUGGUGAACUUCGAGAAGCUGAGGAUGAUCGCCAAGGAGAUCCGACAUGUGGUGCGCAUGACGUCUGCGAACAUGGACCCUGCGCUCAUGUUCAGACAGAGGAAGAAGAGGUGGAAGAGUUUAGGGUCUCUGAGUCAGGGCAGCACCAACUCCAACAUGCUGGACGUGCAGGGCGGGGCCCACAAGAAGCGCGUGCGCCGCAGCUCGCUCCUCAACGCCAAGAAGCUGUACGAGGACGCACAGAUGGCGCGGAAGGUGAAGCAGUACCUGUCCAACCUGACGGUGGAGUCGGACGAGGAGAAACAUCAGAUUAUGUCGCUGCAGUGUGAGCCGGCCUACAGCACCUUGUCCAAGAAUUUGAGCGAGAGACGGUCGACCAAGUCAGACAUGUCUCCCGUGUCUCUGCGGUCGGCUUUGCCCUCGGGGAAAGCACAAAACAGGGUUUCACAAGUCCUUCAGGUCCAGGUCCCGCUGAACCCACUGAGGAAGAAGAGCACGGCCAAGGACAUAGGCACACCCAACUCAAAUUCCCCUCAGGUGAUAAAGAAACCUCCCGUGAGCUCGUCAGAGGAGUGGAGCAGCAAGAGACCGUCUGAUGACACCGUCUCCACCAUCUCCUCCCUUCACUCCAGCCCCACAGUCUCACCUCAGGGUUCGCCGCGCAAAGUGGGAGGCGUGGCCAAGUCCCACAACUCCAGCCACAUGAACUUGUCGGGGUCUUCGUCCUCGCUGACCAGCGACGCCAGCACAAAGGCCGGAACCGCCAGCUUGCGCAGCUAUGGCAUAGGUUACGCUCUCCUCCCACCCGGCAAAGCAGACAACCUGUCAGACUCCAGUCACAGCGAGAUCUCUUCCCGCUCCAGUAUCUGUUCCGUCGACUCGGUGGCGGCUCCCGGCCCCGAAGAGCGGUGUAACAGCAGCAGCAGCAGCAGCAGAGUCUGUUCCACGACUGCUAACGUUAGCGCUGCCUCUGCAAACACAGCGGCCGCUCCAGUUGUUGAGAGCACGGCAACAACAACAACAACAACACAUGCCGUGUUAAACGCUGAUAACAGCCAGCCCAGCACAAGUUCUUCUUCAUCGGCGCGAGGAUACGUGACCCGGGGCUCCACCUUCACCUCCUCCAUCUCGACAGAGGAGCUGACGCCGGACCACACCUCCCUGGACUCGGUGGCCGACAGUGGCCGCGGCAGCUGGACGUCCUGCUCCUCCAACUCCCACGACUCCUUCCAGAGCCUCCCCGUCUCCUCCUGCCGGCCCUGGGACCACGGCAUCCACGGACACCCGCUCUCCCUGCCGCACACGCACCUGGGCGGCUUCAAGCACACGCAUCUCGCCGGGCCGAUAGCGGAGGUCGCGUCCGCGGGUCACACGGCGUGGGCGAGUGACGCCGCCGCCAAGCAGAACUCCAGAGACUCCAGCUCGGACUUGUCCAAUCAGUCGCGGCAGAGCUGGGCCUCGUCCAGCUCGCUGUCGGACACGUAUGAGGGGAAUUACGGCACGGUAAAGCGGCGGAACACCUCAGAGCGCCCCUCCUCGCCGACCAACGAGGACGGAGGCCAAAGCACAGACCCUGCCUACAAAACCGUGACCUCAAGCACAGAGAAGGGCCUGAUAGUGUAUUGUAUCACCUCCCCCGCCAAGGAUGAGCGUUACCGAGCUCCCCCUCCCACUCCUCCAGGCUACCAGGGUCUGGCUCUGGGGGAUCUGGACCUCACGGACGGUGUAGUAGGUGGUCCAGGAAGUCCUCUGCCCAGACCUCCGCACCUUAAACCUCCAGACUACAGCGUGGCCUUGCAGAGGAGCAAACUUCUGCAGAGUCCCGGAGCGGCCGGCACUCUGGCGGAAGCGCGGAGGCUGGCGGGGAACCAUCACCUGCCCCAUCAAGAGGUGCGGACAGCGGGUUCUACGCAGAGCUACUCCAGACCGGCCAGUAUCUGCCUCCCACCAAAGGAGCUGGCUGACAGUGAGGAUGAUGAACAGGUAUCAGCGGUGUAAAGACGACGGUGCCGUCGCUCUCUCCCCACACAUCUCGUCACUCAUGAAUCAGGUCGCGUUGACCAGGCUUUGGACUGAAAAAAGACAGACGGCGGCCUGUCGUCACCACGCGUUAGAGCACAUACUCCGAGCCCUGCGGUGACGCCGCCGUGGACCCAAUCCAGUGGCGUCCUACACGGGAACUCUCUCUCCUCACACACACACACACACUCACACACACCAUCGUCUCUUUUUAACGAAACAUUUCACACAACAAAGAAGAAGAAGAAAGAUUUUCGAGACUUUUUUUGUAGGAAACUCUUGAAAGGCAGCGUGACGGACUCGCGUCGCGGUAGAUGGACGAAUAAAAGAAGGAAAUGAGCGACAACAAGGAUGCCUCAUGAGAAGAAGUUGGAUAAACCAGACCACCACGUACCUCCACUUUGUGCUCAAAGCUCUCUCUCUUUCUCUUCUCCUGUGUUUAACACACUUUUAACUUUGUACAGUGAUUUCUCGCUAUGGUUUUACUCGUAUUCUUUUAAUUACUGAGCUUUGCAAAGCUUUACCUGAGGAAUAUUGAGGAGGAGGAGCAAAGGGAUAGAACGUGAGUCGACGUUUGCUCGCUUUUUGUUUUUGUUGUUUGUUUUGCUGCUUUGUUGCGCGUGGUUUCGCUGUCGACUCAAAACGAGGUGAAUGUAGACGAAUAUUAAACAUUUGUGCAUUUAUAGGAGUCUCUUAUCGAAGCCUGGCACUGAUGCACAAAUGAACUGCUUUCAAACCAACUUCAUGUUAAAAAUACAAACACUUUGAGGUCAGGAGGCGUCCCCCAGGGGCCACACAAAGGCCCCCUCGCAUUAUUUUCCCCCUGAAUUUAGCAGAGAACGUACAUGUCUGUUUGUUUUAAGCACUUAUUAAACUUUGUUGAGCUUUAUAGGAGAGGAGGGGGGGGGUAAAAAAGAAAGAAGACAAACAGAAACUCUCAGGCAAGUGUCUUUAUUGCUCGUUCGGUGUGUGAUGCGAGGUACUUUAGCGGCAUGCUGCCUCCUGGCUGUUUUAUAUAUAUAUAAAAAAAAAACUUUAUUGUAACGCCUUUUUAAUGAGCAGAAGAACAAAACGCUUCCUCGCUGCUUCCCGUAGAGUCGAUGAAUUACAUUCACAUCGUGUCGCGCAUGCGUCCCCACUCACGUCCACCGUGUUUACACCGACGCUUACACUCUUUGUUUACAGUGGGUUUUUUUUUCGACGAGUUGUCUAUUAAAUUGUACAUUUGUUUAUAUAAUGCAGCAGAAUAUUACGUUGCAGCGCGCCCGGCUCACGUUCCUGUCGCGCAAUUCGUCAAAUAUUUAAAGGACGCACGUGUGUGUGUGUGUGAGAGAGAUUUGCUUGCGCUUGAAAAUACUUUGUUUUUUAAGUAAAUUUGUUUAUUUGCAGCAGGGAUGUAACUGGAAUUCGACGUUCUCCUCUGUGUCUCUCACACGCUUUUCCUUCCUGUUUGUUUUUGCCACGAGAAGACUUGAAAUAAUUAUUGCUAAUAUAUACUUGGCAUAUACAUAUAUAUAUAUAUAUAUAUAUUUUUGUUUCUCUGCCAUAAAUUAAUGUCAGCUGAUCAUGUAUAGAUGAGAGAAGAGAGUCCUCUAUGAUAAUAUUUUUGAAUAUUUUUGUUAUAUAUAUCAAAUAAUCCAAGGCUGUGAUCGCCCCGUUUCUGUUUUUUUUGUUUUUUUUUUGGGGCCGGAGUCUGUUUUUAAGUUGUUUUUGUUUUUCUCUCACACUCUGUUGUUGGUGCCAUUUCUGAUCUGUCUAUAAGUGAAAGUGCUGCUGUGUUUUUUGGGAUAUGAAUUAAUAAUGUGUGUGUGUGUGUGUGUGUGUGUGUGUGUGUUAUGGAACUACAUUUGCGAGGAGGGGAUCAACAUAGCAUUUUAAAAAGUAGUAGAAGAAGAAGAAUAGGUUUAAAUUCGGUCUUGCACACAAAGAAAAAGACUCAGGAGUCGAAAGGCGGCACGAGUCGAGUUCAUUCUGAGCGGGAUUUACAUUUCUGUGUGUUUGAAAAUGAACUCCACAUGAGCUCUGUUUCCCUCGCUCCUCAGCAGGACUUUAAACUUUCAACUUUUCCUCCUUCGCUGUCCUCACACGAUGGAUUUCACUCGAAUUUCAUGGAUCAUCCGCUUCCCUUUGUGACCCACACUUCCACUUUGACAGAGUAAUAUCACGAGUAGGCGUUUAGAAACUGACACUUUCUUCUUUCUUUUUCUUUUUCUUUUUUUAAUUUGCACAACUUACAACAAUACUCACACAUGCUGUGAACCACAAACCAGUAUUAAUGUUCUAAAUCAUUAGAUCUCAAAGAGUUAACGGCAUGUGCUACUUCAUCUAGGCUUCUUCACUAACCCUAAAUGUUACAUGUUUUUGUUUUUUAUACUUCAGGGCUAAGUUCCAUUCAGCGGUGAACCUCUCUUCUCCCAGAGUCUUAGCAGUGAGCAGCUCCUGACACUGUGAACACGACACCGUCAGUGUUUUUGUCUGUAAUUUAGCCCCGCCCCCGCCCCGCCCCGCGUCUUGCUGCGUCGCCCGGAAUGCAAUAAGAGAGAUGUGAAUGUGUUUAUUUUUUCGACAUCUUUUGGCAUUAUAGCAGAAAUGCACAACAAUAAGCUUCAAAAAAAAAGAAAACUCAAAAAUAAAAAUGUGGUGAGUGUGUUUUGCUGCACAAUCUGUACAAAGAGGUAUUAACUUGGUCUGUGGCUUAAAAAAAAAAAAGUUUGCUUUUUCGUCUCACUUUCUCAUAGCGGUUGUAACUUAUGUCUUUUAGAAAGACAACAUGAUUUUUGCCUGUACGCUUUUAUGUCUUUUUUAACAGUGAUUGUAAAUAGUUGUUAUAUUUUUGUUGAGAAGAGAAUGUCGACAAAGGAAAAAUGAUACCUUUUAUUUCUCCAAGUCUACUGAUAUGAAUUUGGACAAUGAAUAAAAUGACAAACGGAG